UUUCUUAAAUAAUUUUGGGAGGGCAAAACACACUUUCUUUUUUUUCUCUCUCCUCCCAAUCUCAUUCUGCGAGCAUCAGUAAACCACAGAAGUAGUGCUGCAGCUGGAAAGCUCUGAUUAAAAAAAAAAAAAAAAAAAACACUUAAAUAAGGACAGACUGUCCUUAAUUUUUUCCUUCCUUCCAGACAACAACCGUGCAUCCACAGAGGCUUACCCCUGACAGCCAGAGCCACAGAUUUGGUGUGGGAAUGGCUGCCAGACUGACAUAUGCUGCUACUGGACAGCAUCACGUCAUUAUUAGUUUAGCAGACCCCUUAGUCGUUGUGCUGAUGAUCCAAGUAGCAACUGACGUAUUAAACAUGUCCAACACGAUUUAUUUAUACUCUUUGUAAAUAACCAGGCACAUUUAAAUAUUAGUUUUAUUGUGUUGAAUGGCGUUGUCAGGAUAUUCCCCGCCAAUUUCCGUUUUCCUGAGUAGAAAUUCUUGAAAGUCUGAAAGUCUUUUGCUCACGUGCAGUUAUUUUUUUGGCGGGUUUUAGUUCUGUUUCUGUUUGUUCACUGUGUGGUAUUCACAAUACGUUAUAUUUAAAACGAUUUAAUGGUGGUUUAAUUGAACAGUUUUCGGGGAAUAACACAAUUGUGUUGUCAGUGUACAGUUAACGUAUGAGACAACUAUCUCGGGGAAUUAGGCGAAUAUAACGUAUUUAUUUCACAAGUCGACAGCUAAGUAAAGCUAACAGAUGUUUCACCUCGCGGGUCCCCAUGGCGACCUACGGGCUCCAGCAGUGGACCAGGUCGAGGUGGAGGAGUGCGACCAUUUUCUCUCCUUUGCAAAGAGAUCCAGGACAGUGCAGCGGCAGUGUAAUGUGGAGGCCCCUCCCUGCCCCCCCUCCUUCCUUCAGCCCAAUGCCUCUGAUCAGUACAACCAGGAAUUCUGGGAUAGAAUCCUUCAAUGGCCCAGCCCUGUCCAGACUGAGGCCGGUGUUGUUGUAGCUGGAGGGCGGGUGGGCGGGGCAGCUGAGCGCAGGCCCUCCCUUUGGCCGAGGAGAGGCCAGGGGGCAGAGCUGGGCAAGGACAGCCUGCCCACCCCCUCUGAGCUGAUUCGCCGACGGAGGGUAAGAGGCGGGGCCCAGAAGGGUGAUGUCAUGCAGCAGGGCGUGGCCACGGUCCUGCAGCACAUCAGUGAACUGAAGAGGAGGCAGGGCUCCAUUGAUCAGCUGAAGACAGAGAGGUCUUGGGGUUUCAUGGCAGAUGGUGGGCCGGAGGAGAUGGGUGUGGCCAGACCGGGUGACACACAGCUGCAGGAGCAGAGACCACCUGAGCUUAGCCCCGCCCAGGGGUGGGGACCCAGCGCAGGCCACGCCCCCUUCUCUACAAAUCUGCCACUGUACAACCAGCAGAGGACGUUUGGAGGAGGAAGUGAUGCGGCGCAGACUCUCGCUCCAGGGGAGAACCCCAUGAUGUCGUUCGUCAUGGCGACCGCUAACAGGCAGUCCCGCGGUGGCAGGUGCAGCCCGCGCCUUUCCCACAGGAGGUUCUGGGGGUUUGGCUUCGGUUCGGAGGAAUAGGGUUCGGCCCAACGCUAGCUUUCGCCCCCCCCCCCCCACCCCCGUUCUGGGGGGAAUCGCCCAAUCGGUCUUCUCCCUGUUCCCAUCGCCCAAUCACCCCUCUCCCUGUUCCCAGUACCUGAAACGGUGAGGUUUCCCUGGACAUAUCUCCCCAUUUCAGCAUGAAUUUUUGUGAAUGGCAGAAAUAUGUUUUUUCUGCCAAAAGAACGUUAUUUAUUCUCCUUAGCUGAUGUUGGAUAUUUCAGGUGAACUGUGCUUGUGAGCUCUUCAACAUGUUUCUGAUGUACGCAUGCUUGUGUUUGUGUGUCUGCUGUCCUGUGCCUGAUCAUUCUGUCAGAAGGCAUUUGUAGCAUCAUUUAUGACCUGUUGUUAUCUGUGCAUCGACUUGUUCAUAGUCUGUUCUGUAGGAUCAUUUGCAGUGAAUUUCCUAGGGUAGUUUAUACUGUGUUUUGAGUAAAUCCUUUGUCCUUCUGUUAUGUAUUCAUUGUCUAAGAGCUUUCUGAGGGAUGACAUGUUCCUGCUUGGGUUCCGUUUAUUCCAUAGCUGAAAUGCAUUAGAGUGUAAUGAGGGGAAAGGGACACUAGGGGGUGUAAAUUUUCAUCUGUUGCUGCAGAUUUGUGUUUUUUCCUCCUCUUUGGGUAAUCUGCUAAAAUUUUAAACAAUAUGGAAUAAAUAAUAAUAAAGCUAUGUUAUGUUUCUACGCAAACCCACAGGUCCAUCUCCGUGCAUUUAUUAAAAGGGGGGCUGUGAAUGUAGAUGCUUAUUUAGAACUCUGUUACUGUCUAUUUACUAUGCAUAUUUAAAUGGAAGUAUGUUAAUACCUUUGCUCAAGGUGGUGGGUGACUCAAAUGUUGUCAAGAGCAAAAUAAAUGUAAGAAUGUGUGGCACUGCGAAUAUGUUUCUCACCCUGGGUACUGUAAGACAGGGGUGCACAACUCCAGUCCCGCCCAGGCUGCUCCAUGUGCCGGUUUUUGUUCUAACCAUGUUACCUUUGUUUUAGUUUUCUGCCAGCUCUAUAAGCUGGCUCACCCCUGCACUGGAGCGCAGUGGAACCUUUAGGCUUCACCUGCAGUGUGAGGCUGCAGCCGGGGCGCGGGCAGGCGUCCGAUCCUGAGCCGGGUCCAGCUGAGCGCGUGUAUGAGGGCAGGAGGUCUGAAGCGGAUCGGGCGCGUUCAGUGGACCCGCUGGUGUUUGGGCUGGCGGGCAGGCCCAGACCUCGCUCUGAACACCCUGUUCUCUGCUCUAGGCUUCUCUUGCAUGGCAGAGAAAGCGGAUUCACCCGUUUCUGGCUGAGGUGUCAGUGAGGCCUGCACAACAGGAAAUGUGGCAUUAAAGUGUCUCCACGGUUACCACUGUCAUUACCAUCAACGCCAUGGGCUUCAUUACAUUUAUUGUAUGAAUUUGUAAUUAUGCCAUUCUAAAUGUCUGUAUUGUGUGAAUUUCUCUCCUGUAAAAAAAAUAAUGAUAUGAUAUUGUUUUUACCAAAGAGUAAAAACAAUAUCUGUCCUGAUCCUUUCUGAGUGGAGGUUGGGUGUUACCCUCGUGUUCCAUGUGGGGUUUUCUCCCACAGUCCAAAGACACGCAGGAAGGGUGUGCGUGCCCUACAAUGAAUCUGUCUGAGGAUUAUUCCUGCCUGUCAUCCAGUGCAUGCUGGGAUCGGCUCCUGCUCCCCCACGACCCUGCUGGGGAAUAACUGGGCUAGAAGAUGGAUGGAUGUUAUCACCGAACUCCCGUGGAUUCUUGAAGACAACGUGCCCACAUACUGCUGCUAUGAAUGCCAUACAUGUUUAAAACAAGUGAAAUGAUGAAAGUUAGACUGAACAGUAAUUGAUAAUUAUUUGAAUUAAUAUUUUAUACCCGUUAAUGUACCUAUCACAAUGAGGGUUAAUGUGUCUUUAAAUAUUUAUGAUGAAAAAUGUGUUAAUGCAGAGAACAGAAAAAGACGUAAGUUAUAUUAUUUUUCAAAAAAGUUUGAAUUAAUUUACUUCACCAUGGCUGUCGCAUAAACAUGAUUUUGUAUUCAAUUGUAUUACAAAAAAGCAAUUUAUAUGUUUUUGACAUUUUUCCAAAUUUUGUACAUAAAACUAUAGUCUAAUGUAUUUUUCAUUUUUCAUUAUUAAUCAUAAAUAUCAUCAAACACAUUUUAAUUGAUUUAUUUCACAAUGUCUGUCAGAUAAAUAUGAUUAUCUAUUCAAUUGAAUUACAAAAAAAACAUUUGAAACUUAUAGAAAUUUUUCCACUUUUGUAUAUAUGACUAUAAACUUAUGAGUUUAAAUUGUUCUACUCAAACCAAUUAUUAAUCAGGAAAACCGUCAAAGCAUUUUAAUUGGUUUAUUUCACCAUGUCUGUCAUAUAAAGAUGAUUAUUCAAUUGUAUUAGAAAAAAGCAAUUAAAAUGGUUUAAAAAUAUUUUUCCACUUUUUUGACAUAAGGCUAUAGGCUUUUGUAUUUUGCCAUUUUCCACAAUAUUACAUUAUUCAUCAUAAAUUCCAUAAAAAGCAUUUUAAAAUUUUUAUUUCACCGUGGUUAUUACAUACACAGGAUUGCCUUUAAGUCUAUAACAUUAAAUGGCAUUAACAAUUA